UUAAAUGAUAUUAAAUAUUUUAAUUAAUCAAUUUUUAUCAUUAAGUUUAACAAUAAAAGUUUGUACGUAUAUCGAUAAUGAAGGAAACUCGGUUUUGUUUUCAUUUUUUUUUAUCAUUAGUCUUUCGGUAUUGGUUUUACUUAACCGAACCGAAGUAAAAACCAAAAUAAAAAUAAAUAAAAAAAAGAAAAACUCUUUAGGGAUUGCUGACACAGUGAAUGACGAAAGUUUGACCAUGUAAAAUUGUUACCAAAUUAAAAUGGUUACAAACUUUGCUAUAUAAGAACACUAUAUUCCUCCUAUGCAAUACACACCCCCUCUAUCUUUUUCUUUCGUUUCCGGCUAUCUUCUUCUGAAGAAAAAGGUUUCUCCUCUUACAUCUAUAAAUUAUGUCGUUAUUUCAUUAAUAUACCAAUCAUUUGAUUCUAAAUCUCACAAAAUUAUCACUUUUACACUAGAUUCGGUUUCUUGACAUCUUAGAGGUUUGUCAAAAAUGAGUGAUUUUGAUGGAAACUUCAUAGAAAUGACGUCGUAUUGGGCUCCACCGUCCAGCCCUAGCCCAAGAACGAUAUUGGCGAUGCUGGAGCAAACCGACAAUGGUAUGAAUCCGAUAAGUGAGAUCUUCCCUCAAACCAACAUACCAAGAGAUCAUGAUACUGAUCAGUCCGGACAAAGAUCUGGUCUCCGUGAGAGAUUAGCUGCAAGAAUAGGAUUCAGUCUUCCAACACUCGAUACAGAAAACAUGAGUCCUUUGGAUGCAUUUUUCAGGAGCUCGACUGUUCCCAAUUCUCCUGUCGUUGCAAUCUCUCCAGGAUUUAGCCCAUCAGCACUAUUGCAAUCUCCCAAUACGGUCAGUGAUUCUUCACAGAUUAUCCCUCCGUCUCCAGCCACCAAUUACGGACCUCCGGAGAUGGUGGAAACUUCCGGUGAAGACAAUGCAAUGACGAUGGUAUUCAACAAUGAUCUUCCUUAUCAGCCGUACAAUGUUGAUCUGCCUCCUCUAGAAGUCUUUGAUGAUAUUCCAACGGAAGAGUCCUUUUAUAUCCCAUCUUAUGAACCUGAUGUUGACCCAAUUGGAACUCCUUUAGUCGCUUCCUUUGAAUCUGAACUCAGUGACGUUGACCCAAUUGGAACUCCUUUAGUCGCUUCCUUUGAAUCUGAACUCGGUGACGAUGCCCAUAUCGACAUCAUUUCCAUUGAAGACAGUGAGAGCGAAAAUGAAAACAAAGAUGAAGACGACGAGGACUACCAAUUCGAUUACGAAGACGAAGACCAAGGCCAAGACCAAGAUGUAUAUCUAGAUGAAGAGGAAGAGGAAGAUGAAGACAAUGUUGCAUUAGAUGAUGCUCAACCUUCGUCUCGAAAGAGAAGGAGAUUUGAUCAGGCAUCAAACAAUAUUGGAGCCACAAGAACAAGCAAGACACAAAGGGUCAUACUUCAAAUGGAAACCGACGAAGACAAUCCUAAUGAUGGUUAUCGCUGGAGAAAAUACGGUCAGAAAGUCGUCAAAGGAAAUCCUAAUCCGAGGAGUUACUACAAAUGCACAAACAAUGAAUGCAAAGUGAAGAAACAUGUGGAGAGAGGAGCAGACAACAAUAAGUUAGUUGUGACUACAUACGAUGGGAUACACAACCAUCCUUCACCACCUGCACGUAGAAGCAAUACCGGUUCAAGGAAUCGGUCUGCAGGUACAACAAUGUCUCAAAAUCAGGUAGAUCAAACCAGUCGGUUAGCUAGGGCUCCUCCUCCUUCGUCUCGCACACCUGUGGAGAUGAGGCCUUUCUCUUCGAUGGCUCCACAAGUUGAUCUGACACAGGUUUAUACGACCGGAAUCUCUAAGCUGCCGAAUGUACCAGUUUACCAGAAUCCGGGUUUUAUGUACCGGACUGAUGAACCGAUGAUGAAUGUGAUGCCGGAUGGUGCAGAUGUGUACGGUGGGAUCAUGCAUCGCCUAUUUGUAAAGUUUGGUGUCGACAUUUAGAUUGUGACCCGUUUUUCUUUUUUCUCUUUUAAUCCUUAUCGUCGAUGAUAUACAACAACUUGUAUUCAUCACUCAUCAGCUUAAUUAUAAAUUUUAAAUAAAA